CGGCCCCAUGCACUGAGCCGAGCUGACUCCUUCCUCCUCAACGGUGGAAUGUACCUACAAUCGUUUCCCAGUUGCUACGUCACCGAGUACCGCUACUCUCGAUCCACUAAAGCGAGCGCCGUGGCGAGGCAGGAGAUGGCUCUGCUCCCCUCCAACUCCUUUUCCGUCGCUCUUCCUCCAUCCUCUCUUCUCCUCUCUUCCACAUCCAGUCCGAAAUCCAGCGUAGACACAGUUCAAGGUUAUUAGCAACCUCAACUAGACCACUCCACUCUCCGUCCGUCCGACUCAAAUUCGCGUCGAUACCUCUUAUCACCGGUCGUGUUCCCAGUGUAAAAUUAUGCAAUAGUGUGUGUCUCGAAUUCGAUCAUGGAAGUUCAUCUGAAAAGUGUGUUAUUCGGUCUCCUCGUUCUGGCUAAAUUCUCGGUGUUGCGGUGCGAGUCCAACCACAUCGACGAGGAGUCGAACCCCUUCAUCGAGGCGGCCAGAUCCCUGCUCCAGGACAGCCUUCAGAAGAAGGAUGGCCCGGGGAUCGGCGGGAUCCUGCAGUCGAUCAUGCAGACGGACGGCGGUAAGCAGAUCGGCGACAUGCUGCUCCAGCAGACGGCCAAGAACCCGGACCUCCUGUCCAACAUCGGGUCCCUGGUGUCGAACAUAGGAAGCACCCUGGGCGACGCCUCGAGCAGCGCCGGCGGAGGCGGCGGCGGUGGCAGCAGUGGUGGGUUCGACCCGGCGCUCAUCGGGCAGAUGAUGGACAUGUUCAGCGGGAAGUCCAACGACAUCGGCAACGACGUAGACCCGAAGCAGGACGCCGGCGGCAUCCAGUGGGAUUCCCUCAUGAGCGUGGCGUCGACUUUCAUGGCCCAGGCGAAUUCCCAGGGCGGGCAGAGCUCCGGCAUGGAGGGAAUCAUGAACCUCCUCCCGGUCUUGAUGAACUCCAUCGGGGGUGGGCACAUCCACUACGAGGAUAAGGAGCUUGAGGAUGUGGAAGAGCAUAAGAGGCACGAGCAGGCGUCGUCGUUCCUGCCGCCGUUCCUGGGGAUUUUGAGGGAGUACUGGGAGCACUUCAAGCAGUCCGAGCUUGGGCAGACCCUGUGGAACAACAGUGGGCUCGGAAGGAUAUUCCAGCUCUUCGUCGAUAAGGAUGGUCACUUCCAGGUCGAUAGGAUUUUCGACUCGAUGGAGAAUCAUGCCUUCAGGAGGCGCUGGAUUAAGAGUCUCACCAGCUUUGUUGCCGAGUGGAUCAAACACGUCUCCGAGCCGGCCACCCAGAAAAGAUACCUGGCAACGUUGCAAUUCAUCGGCAAUGGGUUCCUGAAAUCGCAGGGCUAUGCGAGGGCUGCUAUGUUCGAUCCGGCGCGCCCUGCCGAGUCCCUGAGCUUCCUGGCUGACGCCGUCUUCAAGAGACAGUUCGGACUCAAAGUUAACUCCGCCAAAUACAUCCGACCUGCUGUCGCCUAUGUUCAGGAUGUAUUCAGGCUUGGACAGAGUAAAGGGCUCAGCCUUUCUCAUUUAACACAACAAGAAAUAGAAAACAAAUUAGCAGAAACUCUGAAUGGAGAAGUAAUUGAACCUGUGCUCAGAGUAUGGAGAGCGUACAGAUACGCCAUCAAAAACCCCAGCUGUGAUCGGUACUUAAUUUGUGCAAUCAAUAGAGUCGAGCCAGGAAGUGAAGGUUUCGCCGGGCUAAAACCAGGAGUUACUAAAAUUACCAGCUUGAUGGCUUCGUGGUUCCUAUCUGGAAGAACCGGCACGCCUUUCUGGAAAUUCUACAAUGCUGCAACAGAGGACCACAACUGCCAGGCACGAUACCCUGCUGAGUGCAAGGGUUUCCACGAGGAGGACGUACGAGCCACCACUGAAUAUGCUCACAGUGAACUUUAAAACACGCCUCUGGUUACGAGCACUCGUCAAGAUUCCCGCAAUAUAAACCGGUCAUGCAAAGCUAGGGUUGUUGAACCUUUCGCAAAUUCAGAGAUAAGUCGCCCUCAACUCUCUGAUUUUAUGCUGAAGGAUGAAAAUCAACCGCACCUUGCUGCAGAUGAGUCCGAUCUCAAUAUCAACUCAAGAUUUUCUCAUUUUUUAUUAUUGAGAAUCUGUAGUUUAAAAACAUUUUUCGUCCAGUAUAAACGGGUGCUGGAUCAAUCCACAACUCAGGUUAAGGACUCGAGCUAUAAUUUUAUGGUUAAGAUCUCGCGAGGACACAAAAACUUCAAACGGACCACAUUUUGCAAUAAGGAAGUACUCGUACUAUUUCUAGCUCAUCAAUAAAAUCACCAAUUUGAUUAGGGAAUCUGAUGACACCUGCGUUUUUUCUAAAUUGAGCCACAAAUAUUAGUUCCUAAUUGCAGAAUUUAGUCCAAAUGAACAUGCGUGAGACCUACUUUGAGCACAUCGAAAGCAACUGUGUUUUAUACUUUAUUCUGCAAAAAGGAACCAACAUUUCCUGUUCAUCUUUAAAAGCACCUAUCUGCAUAGGGAAACCAAUGGCACAUAGGGUAGUCCCUUAUUACAGAAUGUAGUCCAACUCGAAUACUGGAAAAAGUCACACUCAAGUUGUGGUAUUUAAACUACUCAAAAAUUCGGAAUGAAUGUCGAAAUUAUUUUGUGUUUUCAGCAAUGAAAAAUGCUUAAUUAAUCUCCUUAAGCAAAGGUAUGUAAGCAUUUCAAAUGUGAAACCUUAAUCUUAAGUCAUCUUUUCCGCCACAUGCAAUCAGAGUAGUAAUGAGAUUAAAUACGUGAAAAUUAUCGGAAAUUACUCAGGGUCUAAACAACUAAAUACACUCAUCGGUCAUGUCAUUGAAAGGCCUUAAAUAUCUCAACUGCCUGCCCAUGUGUAAGUAACACAACUUUUCCUACAUCAGUGAAUUUUAAGCCGAAGGAUUAGGAAACUUGAAUAUUCUUCUUGUUUUGGCGCUGCAUUUGGGGACACACAAUUUUCACUUUGCUUUUAAGCGGAAAAAAUUAAAUUUUAAUUAAUUUUUAUUAUCAUAGUAUCAUAUGCCUUUCAGCAAUACCAAUUCAUAUUUCUAUUCGCCUGAAUCCAUUUUAUGCUGUACAAAAUGCAGUUAAAUUUUACCUACCUGAGUCUCAUUCCAAUCAAAUAUAAUUAGCACAGCCUUGUUUCAUUUAGUUGAUUUAAUUUUUCUUGUUUCCCAAAGGACGUCACGUGUGAAAAAAUGACCCUGUACAUAUUGUGAAAUUAUCUAAUUGAGAUAUUUAAACUUUCAGGGUUGUUUUUAUUAUUAUUGGUCGCUUUUUAUUAAGCCCAAGGGCUCCGUAGCUAACCUCUAAAGAAGCCUUUUAGUGAAAAAAACCUUUCUAUCAAUACGACCCUUGCAAAAGCCUAAAGAGUAAGUUGCAAGAACUGAAGCAGUUUCUAGUGCAAAGUUUUCCAUUUUUAUCUACAAUAUUUGCUCAUUCUCUAAUGCAGGGAUGAGGAUAUUAUAUGAUCAAAGUUUCAAAAUUGCGUUCGCAGUGACAUUAAAAUAUUCAGAAUAUUUUUUUUAUAAGUUCUUAAAUUAUUUACACGUGUGAAUUUUGCACGAAUCAGUGAUAAUGAGAUAGUUAUUUAUUUACUCGUUAAUCUGAUAAACAUUGCAGCUAUCUAGGCGUUGAUAUAAAAAAUAAAUAAUGAUGAAACGACGGCAAUAAUGAUGAAAAUAUUUAUACCAGCUCUAAAAUAAUAAGUCAGAAAUUCUAGUCCUGAUAAAUUUUGGUCAAGCAAAAGUGAAGUCGCGUUCCCAUAUUAGUGAAAAUAUUUGGCAUUCACAUCGCGAACUUAAAGCCAUGCUUCUGUAAAAAGCUGAAGUCAAGAGACUGGAGCUACAAUUUAAAAGGAGUACGUAUUGUAUAAUUGAUGAUGCAUCAUAUUGAUGUACGAUAUAUUUAAUCUUUAGAUGUAUUUGAACUAACUUAUUUAUAUAUUUUUUUAGUUCCAAUUUUAUGUUUAUGUCAAACGGGGUGCUGUUCGAAAAUGCCUUUUGCGGAGAGUUAAAAUAUAUUUUUUUUGUUUUACAGUACUUUCAGGAUGUUCAAAAUAAUUCUGAAUUUUUGGAAAUCAGUCGCUCAGAAUCAUAUGUUCCAUGGUUAGGCGCUACCUAUCUAGGAAAAUGUAUUCGGUACAUUACUUAUUAUAAUUGACAAACGUCAAAUCAAGUUACUGGCGUCAAUUUUGGAGUAAUUCAUUUUUGCGACCAAAAUAAUUAAUAAUUAAUCAAUCAAUCAAUGUUUAAAGAAUAGGAGACGUAAAAGAGUAAUACACAUAGAUUAUUUCAUAGAAAAUAGAUUUUUAAUGAACGUCCAAAGAUUGGAAGGAUUGUUAAUGGUUUAAUAUAAAGACUUGAACACUUGUGAUACUUAAGAGACUUAGUCACCAAUGAAAAUGAAACAGUUGAAACUGAUAUAUUACACAUUCUUUAAAGGGAAUUGAAGUUCUUCACUAAGAAAAAAGAAGGAAAUUACCACGAUACUGACGACCUUGUGUGUUUUUCCAAUGUGUAGUUACUCGUAAAUAUCAGUUUUUAACUUAGGUGUUCAUAAGUUCUAAUUUAAUAUUUUGUUUAUUUACCUAGAUAUUUAUUAAAAUCUCACUUUCACCGUGCCUUGUUUGUGAAAAUGUUGUUAGAAUUUGUAAAAAUGCAAUAUUUUGUAAUAAAUGCGAGAAUAUUAUUUCGAAAGUUA